GUUUUUUUUUUCAGAACUGAAAAAAAAAGAAUUGUGUGAGGAGAGAGAAAAAUGGAUUUUUUUUAGAGUUUGUUGGAACCGUUGGAUCACACUGGUUCUGAUCUGUACUUUUGGGUGCUCACAAGAAGCCAUGAAUGCUGUAGAUCCGGGUGUCUGAGACAACAUUCGUCGCAUUCUAUUUGACUUGGGAAUUUGGUGAGCCAUGUUUCGCUGUAAGGUCUGAACUUGGCUUAAUGGGUGCUCCAGCUUGAAUUUUGCCGUUUAAAUUGACUACCCUUUUGGUCGGUGGUGAAACGGCGUAAUUAGGAUCUAUUCCUGGCCAAUGUUCUAGGGUUUCAGGUUGAGGGGAUAUCUUCAGUAUUAGCUUUGGAUGCUUAUUGCAUAUGAAUGUUGAGGGGUUAAGCAUUGCGUUUGGAAUGGUACAGUUGUUUUAAUAUGCCAAAUAUAGUUUUGCUUGUUUUGGGAUAUGUGGGUUGGUUGACUCAGUCACAUUGGGUAUGGUGCUAGUGUUUGUUGAGUCUUUAGAAGGAGUAACGAAGCCUGAGGAGAUAUACUUGGAGAAUGAAAGGUGUUGAAGGUUUUUGACUUUGGAUUGUAUGGAGAACUUGAGGUGACACUUUUUGGACAUUGCAUUGGGUAGGGGAGAUGCCACCUUCCCCAGCAUUUAGAUACUCUCCUGGUAGAGAGCCAAGAUCAGACAGUCACAAGCGAGGGCGCAGUCUUGAAAGUGGAUUGCACUUAAGAGAGAAAGAUGAUGAUCUUGCUUUGUUCAGUGAAAUGCAGUCCAGAGAAAAAGAGAGUUUUUUGCUUCAGCCAUCAGAUGACCUGGAAGACUCAUUUUCUCAGAAGUUGAGACAUUUUUCUGAUAUCAAGCUUGGGAUAUCCAUUCCCGGUCGAGGAGAAACCAGUGAAUUGCUUAAUGUAGAUGGUGACAAGAAUGACUAUGAUUGGUUGUUGACACCACCGGACACUCCACUGUUUCCUUCACUAGAAGAUGAACCAGCAGAAAUAAAUGUUGUGAGCAGAGGAAGGCCUCGGAGUAAACCCAUUUCCAUAUCAAGAUCAUCUACGAUGGAGAGAAGUUACAAAAGCAGUAGGGGUAGUGCAAGUCCUAAUCGCUUAAGCUCAUCUCCUCGAUCUGUGAAUAACACAUUGCAACCGAGGGGAAGGUCUUCAUUGACGCCAAAUUCUAGUCCAACUCAAGUUAUCAGACAGGCUACUCCAACAAGAAGACCAUCUCCACCUCCAACAAAGCCUGCAACAAAUGUUUCUAGGUCCUCUACUCCUACUCCUCGGCGAAUCAGCACUGGCUCCGGUAGUCCUGCUGUCUCAUCAGGGAUUAGGGGAACUUCCCCUGUUAAAACAAGCCGUGGAAACUCUGCUUCACCAAAGAUAAGAGCAUGGCAAACUAAUAUUCCUGGUUUCUCUUCUGAAGCUCCUCCUAAUCUCCGGACAUCUUUGGCUGAUCGACCGGCAUCAUAUGUGAGGGGUUCCUCCCCAGCAUCCAGAAAUAGUAGGGACUCUACUUCUAAAUUGGGUAGGCAAUCAAUGUCUCCCACACCUUCCAGGAGCAGCAGUUAUAUUAAUAGUCAUGAUCGAGAUCAAUUUAGUUCACGCAGCAAAGGUUCUGUCAUAUCUUCAGGUGAUGAUGAUCUGGACUCUCUUCAGUCCAUCCCUGUGGGUAGUCUAGACCGAUUUGGUUCAAGAAGGGGUGGUUCAUUUUCAAACAGCAAAUCUCCCUCAUUUUCCAAGAAGCCAGCCAGGAUGGUGUCCCCAAGUUCUGCUCCUAAAAGAUCUUUUGAUUCUGCUCUCCGGCAAAUGGAUAAAAAAAGUCCUCAGAACAUGUUCAGGCCUCUCUUGUCAAGUGUGCCAAGUACAACCUUUUAUGUUGGAAAAGCAAAUUCUGCCCAACGAUCCCUGGUAUCUAGGAACUCCUCUGUCACAACAAGCAGCAAUGCAAGCUCUGAUCAUGGUACAAGUUUUGCACCAGAUACUGAAGGGAGUGACCACAAUCAAGAAGAUGUGGCCAGUGAAAGUGAAAAGAUAGUAUAUGCUGACAUUCAUGAAGAAGUAUUUUCCUUUGAUAAAAUUGAUGUAUUAAAUGUAAACAUUGAUCAUGAGAUCAAUGAUGAAUCAGUUGAUGUCCUUCACAAUAAUAGUAUAGGUCCUAUGAUUGGUUUAGGUCCCACUGAAUCUGAAACUUUUGUUUAUCAUGGUCUUGACAAAGAAUUCAGUAAAAGUUUAGAAACUUCCCAGGCCAUAGCUGACAUUUCUGAAACUGGUGCUUUUGAGAAUACAGAAAUCUGUUCUAAUUGUGGUUGUCCUCUGGAGGCCACUGAUCAAACUGAGAAGAAUCUUAGACUAUGUCAAGAAUGCAGCAGGAAAACCACAUUGUUGAGACAUAUCAUCCCGGAGGCAACUUUGGCAGUUUCCAAUGACAAUUCAGUGAAUUCCAUAAGCAUUUCUACAGAAGAAAAGCCAUCACAUGAUACAGACCAACUAGCUGUUGAGUCUAGACUGUCUCAAGAGAAUAAUAAUGUGGGUAACGUGAGGUUUCCCCUUGGAGAACCGGAUGCAGAGGAAAAUCAAACUUUUCCCAGUGAAUAUAUUUUGGACCACACGCAACAAAAUCCUCUCUCAAGUUCAGUGGAGAGAAAUGAGCAGAUGUCUACUAACCAGCUAGAGGUGGACCAGUCAGGGGUUGAUUACAAGAAGCCUGAUAAUCAUUCCGGGGAUCAGCAGUUGUCUCUUUCCAAAGACCGCUCAAUUUUGAAAGUUGACCUCUUGGAAGGAACUGGCAUCUCUGUACUACUGAAAAGGUCAAGCAGCAGCAAAGGACCCGUAAUUCAGGGCAGGACUUUUACUGCCACAACUCUAUCUUAUGAUGACCUGUCCUUUGCAAGAAACAGCAUUAACAGUAUUAGAAGUUCAACUGGGCGUAGCAGCUAUUCUACCUCAUCAUCUGUUGAUUUCAGCUCAACAAGACAUUCUGAUUUUCGUGUCCAAAGGCAGUCAAGUGGCAGGAAAUUGGAUGUAGACUAUGGAUAUGACGUUAGGAUCAGGCCUCCAAGCCCUGGUUCAUCUUUUUCUGGAACAUCAACCCAUUCUUACCAUGGAUUAGGUUUUACUAGGCAAGAAACUUCAUCUGGCAAUACUGAAUGCAGCAACCUAGAGGAGAUACCCCAAUAUCUUCGAGAAAUGCAAGCUUCAGAAAAUACAGUGACAGAUGUGAUUGAUUCUUCUUCUAUGAGUUCCAUUGUUGUCAAGGAAGGUAAUCUUGAAUACCACGAUAGUAGUAGAACAGCUGAUGCUUGUAUCUCAGUAGUAGUAAGCCCGGCUACUGGUGUUCCGCCUGAUCACAAUUCAGUGGCAUCAUUUCCAAAUCAUGAAAUCUGUAUUUUAAGUGAUAGAAUUGAAGACCAUCCGAAUAAUGUGGGCAGUGUGCCAAAUACCGAAACAUCAGUUCAGGAUGCAGAGUCAUUUUUUGAUGAGAAAAAGGAUAUGGAGAACUCUAAUGUUGAUGGACUGGAUGCUCUGGUAACUACCAGCACUUCUACAAUUGAAGAAUCAGAAAUAGAUGGGGAAAAGUGUUCUCAGAAUGAUACCGGGGUGGUGGAUGAUGAUCCAUCACUUGUAUUAAAGUUCCCUGUUGAUGAUUUUCAGGAACAUUCUGUUUCAGUUUCUUCCAGUGAUUGUCUUGCAGCUUCUGUUUCUGAGCUCAAUGCCUCCGAGUACUCCCCUGGCAUAGAAGGAUCCACAGUUACGGUGGAGUGUCAAGAUGGUGUUAACACCAGAAGCUUGACACUUGAAGAGGCAACAGAUACUAUACUUUUCUGCAGCUCAAUCAUCCAUGAUCUUGCAUAUAAAGCUGCAACGAUUUCAAUGGAAAAGGAACACUCAGAACCAUUGGAAGGUUCUGAGCCGACAGUGACUAUAUUGGGGAAACCCAAUUCCAAUAUAAAGGACACGCGCAGCCAGAUUGGCCGCAAGCGUGCUAUGAAACCUCAGAAGGCCAGGCCCAAGAAGGUAGAAACUGAUGUAAAAUCAGAAUCCCCUUCGAAGACUGAGAAUGAUGAAAAUAGUGAUGAGUCUUUGAUACGCAAUGUUGGGCUUCCUAACAAGGUAGACAGCAUGAAGCCCCCUAAUAAGCUUGAAUCAAAGUGUAAUUGCAUCAUAAUGUGAGAGUUCAUAGUUCAGAUUGGCUUCUGAUUUGUGCCAGCAUUUCUUCUCUUUCUGUUGGCCUAUAUAUAUACACCAGAGAAGAGCUUAGCCAAAUGCUUCCCCGUUUGUGUUUAGGUUUAUGGCUGUUUCGGAUAGUAGCCAAUUGCUAUGUGGUGGUUCCAAUAUAUUGUAAGAUAUGCCACUUUGUGUUUGACAUAAUUGUAAAGUUAUUUUUUCUCCCCUUCCUUUUUUCUUGGUAGGCCAUUAUUUUGAGGUGAUUUGAGGAUUGUGUUCCUCCAGAUGCUUCAUUCUUGUUAUUUGAUUUCCAUCUCAAGUGAUCCAUGAAAGGAAGUGUGAAUUAGAACUCAUUCAUAUUCGUUAA